AUGAACAGUAAUCAAUUAUUAUUUUACUUGUAAAAAAAUAAAUAAUUUGUUUUAAUUAGUGAAAUGUAAUAGCAAAGGGGAUUGUUUAAUUCAUGCAUGAAUAAUUUGAAAUUGAGAACAUAAUUGAUAAUAUUGGUUUCAUUAAUUAUCGUAGUAAUAGUCUCAUAUGUUCUUUCAGUAAAUUUGAUUCAUUAUACUUUGCUAAAUAAGUAUUUUUCUUCUAUUUCAAAUAAAAUUUUUGAAGAAAACUCAUUCAAAAUUUAAGAGAAGAUCAUUCAAGCAUAUGAAGGGUAUUUUGAUAGAGUAUUUUAUUUAAGUAAACUAAAUUUUAUAUUUUAGAUGGAAAUAGUUUAGUUUCCUUUCACAGAUUGUAUCAUUUGACAAAAAAUUAAGUAAAAUAGCAUUCUUUAGAAUUGAAUAGAGAUUAUCAAAUGCUAUAUGGAGGAAUAAGUAAAAUACCAGAUCCUGUUAGAAUUAUUAAAGGUUAUGGUAACUCUGACAUUUCAUAUUCUUUUAUGUGCUAUUCAAAUAUUACAGCAUUUGAUAAUCCUUUAAGUAAUGAAGAGCUUUUAGGAAUGAAGAUUUAGGAAUAAACUCAAGCAUAUGCGUCUAUUCUUUAUUAGGGGAAUAUAUUAAGUUAAUCAUUCUUAUAUUCAUAUAUAAUAAGGGAAAAAAUUAAUGCUGUUUAUCCAUGUUUAAAUAGAGGGAAAGGAAUCUAUGAUUAUGAUCCUGAGAAAAGAGAAUGGUUUAUUGAAGUUAGACAUAACUUUAAUAAAUAUAAAUAUUAUAAUGAAUAUUCUGAGUCCUUCACUCAACCUUAUUUAUGUAAUAACAUUUUUUGAAAGUUUAAAUUUAGUGUUCACAGAUAAAAAAAUAGGAUUAUCUUUGGUACUUCCAAUAGUUGAUGAAAAUUUAGAAUUGAUAGGAGGAGUAGGAACAAAUUUCUUGGGAGCAGAAAUAGUAUAAAUCCUUAAGUCUUAAGAAUUUGGAUUUUAAAUUAUUUAUCUUGUAUCUGCUUCUGGAAUUAUGAUUAUGCAUCCAUACAAAGUAAAUGUUGAUUAACUUCCAUUAUACAUUUUUAAUUAAUCUAUCACAGGAUUCAAUCAAAGUGAUUGGGAAAGAAUGAAUACAAAAACCUAAAGCAACUCCUCCACUUGUCCAUAUUUGAAUAUACAUUCAUCAAAUUUAAAUUGUCUUUACAAUAGUCUUUAUUAAUAGGAAAUGAUAAUAGGAAUCUAAGAUAUUCCUGAAUAUUCUAUGAAGCUAGUUAUGUAAAAUCUUUUAUUAAUCUUAGGUUAUUGAGUAGCUAAGAAUAUUUUCAAUUUUAUUAGCAUUUCUAAACAGAUCUUGAAAAAAGUCUUUUAAAUAUACUUUGGCUUCACAUUUCCAUAUUAUUAAGCCUUUUUAUUUUUAUUUGCUUUGUAUUAUACAUAUUUACUUAUAUUUUGUUUUAUCCUAUUUAACAAAUAUAGGCAAUCACCAUUAAUAGGAUUUUCUCUUAAAAAAAUAAGAGAUCUUAAAUGCCAAUUUAUGCAAACAUAUUUAUGAGCCAAUAAAUAACAUCACUGUAUAAAUCAUAUUAAUUUAUUAAUAAUUAAUUAGAACAAUUGUCAUUUAAUAAAACAAAAUCCUGUAGAGAUUUAGAAAAUUAUUAAUAUCCCAGAAAAAUGUUUUCCUUAAGAAAAUUAAUAUCAAAAUAAAAUAAUAACAACAAUAUAGAAUUAACAAAUAAUGCGAUUGA